AUGAAUGUGCUUGUAUCACAUUUAACAUCCAUAUAAGCAAAUCUGCUGAUUUGUACCCGCACACGCACUGUUGUUGAGUGCCUCCCUCUAGAGCUACGUUUGAUAGAAUUUAAUUUAGUAAAAAUCAUUUAAAUUAUCUUUCUAAAAAAUGCUUUUCAAGGUGAAUCAGGCCAUAGCUCAAGGGGUUCGUCGUUAUUCGACGAAAAGGCAUGAUGUGGUCAUUGUGGCCGCUACCCGAACCCCAAUCGGCAGCUUCCAAAGCUCCCUGUCGUCUCUAUCGGCCAGCCAGUUGGGGGCUGUUGCCGUGCAAGGAGCUGUCAAACAGGCGGGUAUCGCCGGUAGUGAUGUUCAAGAGGUGUAUAUUGGCAACGUGAAUGCAGCUGGGCUGGGUCAGGCUCCAGCUCGACAGGCGGUAAUUUUUGCCGGACUGCCGAAGAGUACCAUUUGCACCACUGUGAACAAAGUGUGCUCAUCUGGAAUGAAAAGUGUUAUGCUCGGAGCCCAGACAUUGAUGCUGGGUCAGCAGGAAGUUGUGCUCGCCGGUGGUAUGGAGUCGAUGUCUAAUGUGCCAUAUUAUCUGAAGCGAGGUGCCACGGCGUACGGGGGAGUUCAACUUCAAGACGGUAUUGUUCUUGACGGAUUGACUGACGUGUACAAUAAAUUCCACAUGGGCAACUGCGCUGAGAACACGGCCAAGAAAAUGGGUAUCACCCGACAAGACCAGGAUGAAUUUGCCGUCAACAGUUACAAGCGAAGCGCCGCUGCAUGGGCAAAUAAAGCCUUUGAUGCCGAAAUCACUCCAGUUACAAUCCCCGGAAAGCGUGGUAAACCGGACGUCGUCGUGAAGGAGGAUGAAGAAUACAAACGAGUCAACUUUGACAAAUUCGGCCAACUAGCAACUGUUUUCCAGCGGGAGAAUGGAACCGUUACAGCUGGAAAUGCUUCAACACUCAACGAUGGAGCCUCAGCAGUAAUUCUGAUGACCGCGGAGGCCGCUGAGAAAUUCAAGUGCAAGCCACUAGCACGAAUUGUUGGGUUUGCUGAUGCCGAGACAGAUCCGAUCGAUUUCCCUAUCGCACCGGCCCUCGCUAUACCAAAACUGCUGCAGCAGACCGGAGUUCGCAAGGAAGAUGUGGCCAUGUGGGAAAUUAAUGAAGCAUUCUCGGUUGUUGUUGUUGCCAAUCAGCGUAAACUGGAUAUAGAUCCCGCCAAGAUAAAUAUACAUGGCGGCGCUGUUUCGCUUGGACAUCCCAUUGGAAUGUCUGGUGCCCGCUUGGUUACUCAUUUGGCUCAAUCAUUGAAGGCCGGCCAAAUCGGAUGUGCUUCUAUUUGCAACGGUGGAGGUGGUGCUUCUUCGAUCCUGAUUGAAAAACUAGACAAUCCUUCCACCCGUGAUCCGGAGUCUGGGCGAUGCAUACCAAGGCUAACUCUUUACUCCCACGAUCAUUGCUCGUUAUGUAAUGAUUUGGUAGAUGAACUGGAAGCUAAUUUUAGUGGACGCUACCAACUUGAGAAAGUGGACAUUACAAAAAAAGAGAACAACAAAUUUUUACGUUUGUAUCGGUACGACAUUCCCGUACUAUUUCUAAAUGGACAGUUCCUUUGCAUGCAUCGAUUGAAUAGCAAUUUAUUAGAACGUAAGUUGAGAGAAUUGGAGUAAAAAUAAAAUAAAAUUUUCAUAAAUACAUAGAAUAAAUGUAGGAGACCUAUACACUGAG